AUGAUGCGACCAAGCCUUCAACGUGUUCCUGCCAGCUCCGCAGCUGCUCGGCUCGGUUGCCGUGCCUACGCUCUCCUCUUCGACGACAUCGACACUCGCCUGUGUCCAGCGGAUCAGGAGAUCUUUGGUUCCCCUGGGCGGGCCCAGGUUGCGCUUACCAACGAGAUCUACCAAGCUCUCGGCUGUCCAGAAACCUUCCUAUUCUGUCCCACAGAGUACUGCGCCAGUCGGGCUGUACCGAAUGUCGCCAAGUCUACCUACCUCGCCACCUUAGGCACAGAUUUGACUCAAGGUCGGUCUAUUUUAUCCCCCCAUCGCUUACUAAUUUAA